AUGCACUUAGAUCCUGAUGACCUGCAUUCCUUGAUAGCAAGAACUACCGCCAAAGAGCGCUAUUUACUAAACGAUGUAGAUUUAGAUCUUCGAGAGCCGAAGCUUCGCUUUUUAUUGAAGCGUAAUCCACAUACUUCUUCUUGGGGUGACAUGCGGCUCUAUUUGGAAGCACAAAUUGCUCAGCGGGCGCUCGAUGUUUGGGGCAGCGAAGACGCUAUUGAAAGCGAACGGGAAAGGCGAGCUAAAAGGAAAGAGGAUAAUCGUGUUAGACAGUAUGAAAAGAAGAUCAGAGGUCAUUACUUCUAA